AUGCGGUGGCCGUUGUUGUUCACUUUGAUUCUUUGGGGGGAGCGAGAUGUUGAAUCCACCAUUGUUCUCGACAAAAGAGAAAACCAAAAUACAACAACGACCGCAACAAGUCAUGACGCGUCUGCGACAGCUUCGACCACCACAGGGACCCAGGUAACAGCAACCGAGGCGAAGUCAAGCACAGCGAGUACUACAACGGACUCGGCCACAAGUACCUCAGCCUCCAGCCAUACCAGCCUCACAAACGCCGCAACAACAGUGCCUUCACUAAAUGGAGUUGGCUCCUUAAGCGCUUCAUCGCAAAAUAAUACUCAGUCGACAUACACAGGAGGACUCCCAAUCAAACCGGAAGUCACACCUGCAUUGGGAGUGGGAGGCUUCAUACUUCUUGUUCUAGGAGCAGCGCUUGCGCUCAUCGGAAUCCGGAAACAAUGGGCAAACGGACGUGAAGCUCAUGACAAACAGGGUUUAUAUCUUUCUCUCCACGGCCUUCUGUGCGGCAUUGGGUGUCACAGUGAGUCGAGUACACUUGAGUUACAAAUGCAUUACAAGCUAACCUCGGAAACCCCAUAUUAG